CCAUUUAAGGUCCCCACGCGCGUAUUCGCCGCUCUGCCAGCGUUGUCAAAUUGAGGAUAUCCGGUGUAUGGCUGUAUGGAAGAGUACCCACCUCAUCAAUAAGACAGGAUGCUACAAAAUGGAACCUCAAGUCUUGAUGUUGCCCUAAGGAUAACCCUCACAACAUGUAUGGUAGUGUUCUACACUCUUUUGAGACAAGUUAUUGAUGGACACAACCCUGGUAUCAGAUCCCCUUCAGUCAGGUUUUUAGUUGAUACUCUGACUAUUACAACUCCCUUAACUUUUCUGUACACAAUUGGUGACAAACACAACUUACUAUGGAAUUCCGCGAUAGUUCUCUUCGUUGUCGCUGCCCUAAUCUUGAAAUUCAGAUUAAAAGAUAUAAAACUCUACCCACCCCUUGAGUCGGAAUACAAAUACGAGAAAAAUAAAACAUAUAUAACAGCAUUCAGAAGUUACGUCACAUUAUCAACUAUUAUAUGUAUUUUAGCUGUGGACUUCAGAGCCAUCUUUCCCGGGCAACACGGUAAGUCCUACCACUUCGGUUACACACUAAUGGACACAGGAGUGGGAAGUUUUAUUUUCAUGGCAGGAUUGGUGGCUCCUGAAGCUCGGAUGAGCACUCUUGCUGACACUAAAUUAAAGAUCCUCAAGAAGAGUAUCUUAUCAUCUUCAGUUAUGGCUGUCAUUGGUCUAUUAAGGACUGUAAUACUUCGUUACAUGAACUACAGUGUUUCUUACGACGAGUACGGGAAAGAUUGGAACUUUUUCUUAACUCUCGCCUCAGUUAAGGUAUUAUCAAGUGUGGUGUUAUGCGCGUUCCCCGUGCCACAAAACUCCUGGAUCCUUUCUCUUUUGAUAGCAGUUGGAUACCAGACAGUAUUAUCUUACUUCGGACUUAUGGAGACAUUGGAACACGGUGUCGCUGGUGUAACCAGUCACAAGGAUGGAAUAUUCAACUCCAACAGAGAAGGUAUUUGUAGCUCUAUCGGAAUGUUAUCCCUCUACUUUGCUGGAUUGUCACUUGGAUCUCUUGUCUUCCGAAAAAGAGGGACGUUAUCUGAAACGAUGAAGAUGUGGAAAAUAAUGGCUGUUCUUGUAUUGAUAUCUUGGUUUGGCACGUGGCUAUCCCAAAAUCAUAUCCAGGAGCCGUCAAGAUGCUUCGCAAAUAUAACGUAUAUUUUGUGGUCUACAGCACACAAUGUUUCGUUAUUAGCACUCUUAUUCCUGAUGGAAAUUAUCUUCUUCAUUAUUAGCCAUAUAAAGGAGAGUUCUCAAUUGCCUGGAGACGAAACAGUCCUGAUUCCCGGAGGGUGCUGGAACUGUUUUACUAAAAACAGCAGAAAUUCUUGCUGUUGUCUGCUACCGGCUAUCAGUAAAAAUCAGCUUCUCUACUUUUUACUUGGGAACGUAGCGACGGGAAUGAUCAACCAAAUCGCGAAACCUCACGUAAAAGAUUACGGAGAAUUUUCUAGCACGUGUUUUAUGUUCGGCUACAUGAUAGUAGUGAACGGUAUUAUUUCACUAUGUUUCACUUUCAGAUGGAAACUUAAAUUUUGGUAACAUUUUAGUGGUUCAGUCAUCAUUUUUGAUGACUUUUUCUGCUUCUUUUGGGUUUGGUGUUUUAUUUCAUUGAAGAAACAGCAUAAAUUUUACCCGAAUUCUGUGUAUAAAAUUAUAAAUGUACACUAUAUAACCAGCAAAUGUAUGAAUAAAACUUUAUUUUCCUAUAUUCUAUCAUUGCUAUAAAAUAUUAUGUUAGUUUUGUCGCUGUAGAUAAUUGUACGAACGAGAUUUGAAAUAAAGCGUUCACAGUUUGAAUUGUUGCUUAUUAGCUUAAUCGUGUUAAUAAUGAUUAGAGAAUAGUAAUACGGUUAGAAAUCUUAAGUUAUAAUUCAAAUUGUGAUAGUCAUAUAUAUUAUUUUAUUUUUUAAAUCUAUACGGUUUAUGUUGGGACAGAAUUUUUAUUAAUGAUAGUAUUUUUCCGGUUUUAUUAUUAGUUAUAAUACUUAUGGUUUAUAUUAGGUCAUCAAAUUUGUUAUGUUUUGUCUUCUCAUUUCACUUUAACACGAGUUUGUUUCCAAUUCAAAUAUUCUAGGAAAACAUUAACUGUGGUUGCAUAGCGAUCAUACUACAUACAC